AUGAAAAGCGCCAAGGUAAGAUGUUUUCAGAUGUAUAUACAAAAUCUAAUUUAUUUAAUUGCAAUUUUCUCCCUUCUAAAAACGAUGGAGAAAAGGCGAAACGUCCUAAAAAAAUCGGGUUUGUUGAUCCACAAGGAGAUACGGAGACCUUGGACACGCGAAAAAGCUAUCGGAAAUCAACAUACCCCCGGGAAAGCUUGUCAGCUCUAGCGCGAAAAUCCUCCGUACUGAUACUGUCCCGCCUGAUGGGUCCGCCGAUGACUUCCUCAAAGAUCGACCGGGGCCUGUACGAUCGGACCAGCAUGUACGUAGUGCCACGGUUUCAAAACACGUUUCGCAUGGAGUCGAAGAACCCGUUCCGGCGCGAAGUGAUGCAGUCGAUGAUGGGUCACUUUUUGCACACCUACCUCGACGAGUACAAGUAUGUGGCGAAGCGGGCCAAACGGUUGGCGGAAAAUUUAAGCGAAGAGUUGCGCAAUCAGUUCAAGCUUUGCCAGUUCGAACGGUACCGGUACGUGGCGCUCGUGACGGUGGGCGACAAGAAGAUGCAAAACUUCCGGUGUGUUGCCCGCGCUCUAUGGGAUCCGGAGAAGGACGAUUGCAUCAGCUGUACGUACGAGGCGCCACCGUUCUUCGUCGUGGCCAGCGUUUGGACGGUGUAUUAUGAGUGAGUGCGCCUUUUUGAAAUCUGAACAGCCGGGCAUGUUGUAAUACAUUGGCGUUUAUUAGAAAUUCUA